AAGUGUCAAAAAUAACGAAUUCAUUGAGAAAUAAUGAAUUCAAAAUUAAUAUACUGCGAAUGAUGCAUUGCUCGAUCGAUCGGAAUAUAAAAAAGCAGAGGUAUCCUGAUAAGGUUAAGAAGAGGGCAAGGGUUAAGCUGAGCGGAUCAAGAGGGAUCUUCGUGGUGGCAGGAUGAUAUUCCGUAGUGGGGGGUGUGGCUCGACGCGACGCCUACGUAGAACGUAGACCCGUGAUAUAGUACAGUUCGUGGUGGUAUCACGAAACAGUUGGUGAGGUAGAGGCAGUGAAGAGUCGAAGGUGUAUGUACCGCCACGCGGCGCUGUUGUCGCCAUCGUUUGGUACCACCACGAUUGCACCGACGCCACCACCACCACCACUGUUGUUGGCCACCCCUCGUCCGGUUUAUGUUUCUGACAGUGGCCCGAGCGAGCGGUGACAGCCAAGCCAGCAGUCGUCAGUGCGUCGUCGUACUGUACGUUGUGUUGUCUCUGCGUGGUGUGUAUCGUGAAUACUUUUACCGCGUGGCCGGCUAGCUGUCAAACGUGCGAGCAAUCAAUCGACUUAUCAAACUAUAGCUCUUCCGGGUAUCGAUAUUGAUAAAUACCGAGCUUGUCCGAUAAUCAUUGCCUCCCAUUGUGUCAAGUGUUUUUGUUGCAUCGAGACGUGUUUUCAAGACAACUCGAUCGAUACGAUUUUUAUUUCUGAAGAAAGAAAGGAAAGAAAAAUAUAAAUGAGAGAAAGGUUGCACGAUUUUUAGAGUGAUCCGAUGAAGUAAAAUGUGCAUCGUUCUUAAAUUUAUCCUCUCAAUAUUAUUGAACAGCGGAUCGUUCCCAUUUAUUUCACGAUCAACGCUUAUACGUAAUCUUUCAUAACAUAAACGUACGCGCGUCGUUUCUUCUCGAAAACUGAUUUCGAACGAGGAAAGUGCUUUCAAAGAUUUCAGCAUUUUAGUAUACGAUCAUUGAAUAUGACUGAAUUGGCAAAAGAAGCUUUCGCCUCGCGCAAUUAUCGCUUAGCUGUAGAAAUGUACGAACGUAAUUUGAAGCAGCAAGCACCGAGUUUUGAGGUGCUCGUUGGCUAUGGAGAUUCUUUGGCCAAAUGUGGACGUAUCAGAGAGUCCAUUGGUGUUUACUCGAAAUGUUUAGCAGUAGGAUCUGUGGCACCGGAGCGAUUGAAACAUCUGGCGAACGCUUUGUUGGAUGAAUUGUCUGGCGCUGCGACUACAACCAUCAAUUUUCGAAGAAAAAUCGAAACAUCUUUCGCGUGCCCUCUGUGCGAGGGAACCCUGUGCCAACCAGUAACAUCGAACUGCGGCCAUACAUAUUGCAAAAAUUGCGUGGAGCCGGGCAAAAGCUGUCGCGUGUGCGGGCAAAAAAUCAUCACUGUGAGUGAGACGAAUGUGCUAGUGCAGAGACUGGUGGAAAAGUGGUGGCCGCGAGAAGCAGAGGCUAGCAGGGCUAGACACGAGGGUGAUAUUCUAAUGAAGGAGGGACACUUGGGUCAAGCGCUCGAAAGAUACAAUUUGGCGGUUCAUCUUGCGCCAAACAGCCCACUCCAUCUUAGCAACAGGGCUCACGUUUUGCUCCUGCUGAAUAGACCUCAAGCCUCCCUCACGGAUGCUGAUCAUGCUGUUAGGCUACGACCGGACUGGGGCAAGGGUCAUUACAGACGAGGGGUGGCUUUGUCCGCGCUAGGAAGACACGAGGAGGCACUGUUUGCUCUUUGCAUUAGCGUCGCUAUUGACAAGAAUCCUCAAGCUGUGCGUCACGAAUUAAUCAAGGUGCUGCACAAAGUGUUGUCGUCAGGACAUCGUCGAUAUAGCCUCCUUCCAUCACGUGCCCCUUACAAUCUGACAGAGGGCGCAUCGCGCACUAGAAGUCGCCACCAGUUGAUUAAUCCCAAGAGAAACCGGAGGGCGGCGUUCAAUGCCUCCGACUGCGAGGACAACAGCAGCGGUGGCGAAGAGGAAUUCACUCAGACUGUUAGCAGAAGGCUCCUGUCAACCACAGCCCCACAAAACAACGUGAAGCUCCAGGCUGGCCUAGAUCGUCUCUACCAAGACAUUGAAAAGCUGAAAAGACUCGAAACAAGAUCCGCCGAGAUUCUCCUUCCGCCUCUUUCCGGUGGUACAGCCGGUGAAUUGGACUGCAUCUUGUGUUGUCGACUCUUAUGGAAACCCGUAACAACUCCAUGCGGACAUACGUAUUGUUGGAUGUGUUUGGAUCGCUGCUUGGAUUAUUCCUCGGCCUGUCCUUUAUGCGUCACUUCACUUGCCGAUUAUUUGGCCAGCAGCCAGAAGACAGUGACGGAUUUCAUAGAAAGGGCUUUGAAAACGGUUGCACCCGUGGAAUACGCCUCGAGGGCAGCCAGCCACCGACUAGAGCUCGUCCAAGGACUUGGCCUUCUGGGUAGUGAGCAGAUCGCUGUUUUCGUUUGCACCACAGCAUUUCCAUGUGUCGCAUGUCCGUUGUUCGUGUACGAGCCGAGAUACAGGUUGAUGGUGAGGAGAUGCGUGGAGAGCGGUGUCCGCCAGUUUGGUAUCGCUGCAUGUAUUAACCGAGAGGCUACAGGGACCAGAAGAUAUGCGGAAUAUGGAACCAUGCUUGAGAUUCGAGAUAGAGUGUUGCUAAAAGAUGGCUGCAGCAUUUUGAGUACAGUUGGUGGAAGAAGAUUCAGAGUUCUCUCUGGAGGGGAAAAGGAUGGUUAUGAUACAGCUCAAGUAGAGUUCCUCAGGGAUACGAUGGUUCAGGAUGAUCAAUUGUUGAAUCUUCUAGAGUUGCACGACAAGGUGAGAACGAAAGGCAGAAGAUGGUGGGAUACGGUAUCGUUAUCUCAGCAAUUGGAAAUCCAGCGAGUAUUCGGUCGAAUGCCAGACACGGAGGAGGAUUGGCCACGUUUACCUGAUGGCCCAUCGUGGACAUGGUGGUUAUUAGCUAUAUUGCCGCUUGGCCCACAGUUGCAAGUGGGAAUUGUGGGCACCACAAGCCUAGAGAAGAGAUUAAGAGCCAUUGAGAAGACUCUGGAUCACAUGGAGCAGAGGCAAUUGACCGUGGCUCCUGCCACUUCCGAGGAAACGACUACUUCCUCCNGUAUAUGCCGUGACGAGGGUGGUUUAACGGAUACCACGGUCUCGUUGGUCCAGUAAAAGAAGAAACAAAGAAGAAAUAUAGAAGAACGAGAAUAUCCUUUAGAGGAUAUACGUUUAGAUUUUGAUUUCGCUACGAGAUGGCGAUUCGAUGGGGAUUUCAUUCGAUGUACAAAGUACUUGGAGAAUAGCUUAUCGAAGAUUAACUACUUUUUACUCGAUAUUUAAUAUAAACGCAAUUAUAUCCGAAAGUGAGGCGAGGGAUAUUUGUAGCCCGGUUCAUCCAUUUUUCUCCGUAUAUUUAACUCCCGUUAGUUACGUUUUUAAUUCGAGUACCGAAAUUUCUAUUUCUCUCUUUAUUGGUACUCGUUAAACUUUUACCACACCCGAUCGCCUUAUUGACGGAACGAUAAUGGUGCGAUUAGCAUUUAAUAAUUUUGAGCGUCGAGAUUGAUUCUAAGCGAGUUAUAAUAUAUUACAUAUACAGCAAUAUUACAUUGUAUCGUUACAAAAUUAAUCAACAUUGAUCGAUCGUUUUAUAUUCAAAAAUGGAGAGAUUUGUUUAGAAUAUUGACUUGAGAUUGA